AUGGUAACGGCCAAACUUAAGGUAAUGAAUAGCAAUAAAUCACCUAUCGACUGUCGUGCGUUGUUAGAUACGUGUUCGACCACUAAUUUUAUAACCGAGAGUUUGGCUACGUCACUUGGACUUCCCAAAAGACAUUUUUCGGCAUCGGUUGGGGCUCUGAAUGCAAUCACUACCACGACCAAACAUAUCAUUACUGCCACUAUACGUUCGCGCAUCAAUAACGAGGAACGAAUCACAUUUUUAACGGUUCCCAGUAUUUCAACUAUGGUGCCAGGUCAGCCACUUGAUAGAAAUAAAAUAAAAAUUCCCGUAAAUUUGAAACUCGCCGAUCCAAAUUUUCACCAACCAGCUCCAAUCGACAUGCUAAUUGGAACCGGGACUACUCUUUCAUUUCUGGGAUCCGCAAAAAGGCGAAUUUCUACCGAAGGUCAAGACGAUUUAUUCCUUCUGCAAACCGCUCUUGGCUGGGUCAUAGGAGGGGGAGCUCCUACAUCUUCACCCCCCCUUUAUGGUUCUUGUCAUCUCAACAAUACAGACUCUCUGGAAUUCGACUUGUCAAAAUUUUGGGAAAUUGAAAACACCACGGAAAAGACCCACUUCAAUGAAGUAGAAGCUACGUGCGAGAAACUUUUCAAAGAUUCCGUGACCAGGGAUACGACAGGACGGUACAUCGUAGCUUUACCCUUCAACGAUAACAUCUCUCGACUCGGAACGUCAAGAUCUCGUGCCUAUAAUCGAUUUAAAUCGUGCGAGAAAAGGUUCUUUUGGGACGCCGACCUUGCUAGACAAUAUAAAGCCGUCAUUCAGGAAUAUAUCGAUCUCGGACAUAUGACGGAAAUCAAUACUUCUAAUCUAUCCGAUCAUGGAUACUAUUUACCGCAUCAUGCAGUAUUUAAGCGGGACAGUCUCACAACAAAAUUGCGCGUUGUAUCCGACGGAUCCGCGACAACCAGCACCGGGGUUUCUUUGAAUGACGCUCUCUACGUGGGCCCCACCAUUCAAGACGACAUUUUUUCACUGCUGUCAAGAUUUCGUCUACAUCAAUUCGUUCUGACGGGCGAUAUCGAGAAAAUGUAUCGACCGGUUCUUGUGCGUCCAGAAGAUCGAAAAUACCAGCGAAUUCUGUGGCGCGAUGAUGACGGCCCCGUGAGAACGUAUGAGCUCAACACGGUAACCUUCGGACUAUCAGCAGCACCCUACCUCGCAAUCAGAUGUCUUCAUCAGUUAGCAGAUGACGAACAACAUCUGUACCCUACUGGAGCUGCCAUCCUGAAAAGAGAUCUAUACGUUGAUGAUCUUCUCACAGGAGCACAAACUCUUCAAGAAGCUCUCACUUUUCGAAGUGAACUUGAAAGUUUAAUGAAACGGGGCGGUUUUAAUCUUCGACAGUGGGCAUCGAACGACCCCACACUACUUCACGGUGUCGCCUCCGAGGACAUCAACAAACGCCUACAACUGGGGGAUUCGACAACGCUGAAGACCUUAGGAAUUGCUUGGGAUUCAGCUGUAGAUAAAAUCAAAUAUUUCGUAAAACCUUCAAAUAUCGGUCAAACCACCAAACGAGUAGUUUUAUCAGAAACCGCCAAAUUAUUCGAUCCAUUGGGCCUCCUAUCUCCCGUCAUCAUUGUUGCUAAGGCAUUCAUCCAAAAACUGUGGACUUCGAAGGUAGAUUGGGACGCUACCUUACCACCAGAUUUACCGAAGGAGUGGCUUCAACUGUACCAGCAGUUACCAGUACUGGAGCAAGUUACAUUCCCACGGGGAGUAUUGAUACCAGGCGCUACGAAUGUCCAACUUCAUGGUUUUUGUGACGCGAGCACAAUGGCUUAUGGAGCCUGCCUAUACCUGAGCUCUGUCGACGCCCAUGGGAAUACUCGGGUGAAUUUACUUUGUUCAAAAUCGCGUGUGGCCCCACUGAAAGAGCAAACCAUACCUCGGCUUGAGCUGUGUGGAGCUCAACUAUUGACAUCGCUCAUGAUAAAUGCCAGAGCUGCCAUCAACUACCCCAUCGAUGAAACAUUUUAUUGGACGGACUCUACAGUGGUUUUGCAUUGGCUAAACACACCUCCGCACAAACUUCAAAAUUGGAGACAUGUGAGAACCCACGACAAUCCGGCUGACCUUGUAUCACGUGGGCAAACAUCGUCUGAAUUCAUCAAACCAUCCCUUUGGCUUCGCGGUCCAUCAUGGCUCCAAGAAAACAAGAGUGGAUGGCCUAAACUGCACCUGGAGUACUCAUCACAAGUACCUGAUCUGAGAAAAACACCAACGUCCCUGGAAACCUGCUUAGUUACGACAACUGAUGCCAAGGCCUCGAACAUGUGGUCAUCAUCAAUUAGCAAAUUGCAACGUAUUAUCACCUAUUGCUUAAGGUUCAAGACUCGUCGCAGAGGUCCAUUGAACCUUGAUGAACUUGAAGCUGCUCUUCAGGCUCUUGUACAUUGGGUACAACUAGAAAACUUUGCAGCAGUCAUUAAAGAACUCCGACAUCCUCACCAUGGUGAACAUAAACCUGCUGCAUUAUCUAAAUUGGUCAAAUUAUCUCCAUUUCUAGAUAAGGAUGGCCUUUUGCGAGUGGGAGGUCGUUUGACUAAUGCUCAUAUUCCGUACUCUCAGCGUCACCCCCUCAUCCUUCCAUGCAAACAUCCAGUAACCGAUCACAUUAUCAGAAACGAGCAUACAGGGUGUAGAUCAGGGAGAGGCGAAAAGUGA